GCUCCGCUAUCUACCUUAUCUGUUUCUCCCGCCGUCUCUGUACACUCUUCUUCAUCAAUGGGGUCUCGCCGGAGAAGUACCUUAGCGUGUGGGACAACGAUAUAGCUGAGCGGAGUAAUUUCUUAGAUAAUAUGUUUUCAUUUUCUUCCCCGCUGCAUCUCCGUGCCAGAGUAGGGUUAUCGAUGGAGAUGAAAUACCCAUUUCAAUCUAGAACUCGAAGUGUUCGGUGUUUCCCAACUGCAGUUUACUGGAAUCUCAAAGAACCCAUCAUGUUCAGGAUUUCAAACUCACUUUCUUCUUUGAAUUCUAUCAGAGAAUUGGAAUUUAAAUCUUCUGCUACUGUACGCUCAAUGUACAAUGUAGUUGAGAAUCACAGCAGAGAAGACAAGCAACGUAUUUUAAAGAUGCAGGCUAUGGAGAAAGAGACUGAAGCUGCUGAUAUCAAGAUGAAGGAAGAGGAAAGGAGAAGGAAGAUUGGGUUAGCAAAUAAAGGAAAGGUGCCAUGGAACAAAGGAAGGAAACACACUGAAGACACUCGAAGACGAAUCAAGCAGAGAACAAUUGAAGCUUUGAGAAAUCCCAAGGUUCGGGAUAAGAUGACUGAGCAUCAACAACCACACAGUGAUGAAACCAAGGAGAAGAUAAGAGCUUCAGUGAAACAAGUUUGGGUUGAAAGAUCAAGAUCAAAGCGAUUAAAGGAGAAGUUCAUCUCAGUGUGGUCAGAGAACAUUGCAGAAGCUGCAAGGAAAGGAGGAAGUGGUGAAGCGGAGCUCAAUUGGGACAGCUACGAAAAAUCAAAACGAGUGAUGUCAUCUGAGCAGCUUCAGUUGUCUGAAGAGAAAGCAAGAACAAGGGAACAUACCAAGAUGAGAAGAGAAGAAGCCAAGACAGAGAAGAUGAGGAGAGUUGUGGAAAGGAAGAAAGAACGCCAAGAGAGAGACCAAAGAGAAGUAAAGACUAGAAAACCAAAGCAGAACAAGGAGAAUGCAACCGUUACCUCACGUUCUAAACUGAAGAAGAAACUCACAAAGAUUCACAAGAAGAAAACAAGUCUUGCUAAAGUCGCUAUUGUAAAGGAUAGUGUAGUUUCAGUUGCAGCCAAGCUGGAGAAUCUGGACUUGGAACUGAUAAAGAAAGAGAGAACAAGAGGAGAAAUCUCUCUUGCUGAUCAGAUCCAAGCAGCUAAAAGCCUACGAGGAAAUGAUAUUUUGUCAAGGGUUGGUCUUUUUGCCAUGAAAUCAAUGGACUUCGAUUAGUGAAUAGUUUAUAGAGCUGCUGCCCCCUUUACUUCCUGUUCCACUAUAUACUGAAGUAAGACUUGAAAGAUAUAAUUAAUAAACCAAUUAUUAACAGA